AUGCGGUCGAUGGAGCGAGAUCGCGACGAGAUGGCCGAGACCGACAGCGACGCGGGCGCGUCGCCGCCCGCGCCGCCGGAAGUCGCCACCGCGCCGUCGGCGCCGUCGGCGGCCACGUGCGCGGCCAUCAAGGAGGUCAAGGCGAUGCGGGUGGCCGAGUUGCGCGCGUCGCUCUCGGCGCGUGGCCUGCCCACCGACGGCCUCAAGCCGGUGCUCCUCGCCCGGCUGCUCGGCGCGUAUGGCCUUGAGGCCGAGGCGCCGCCACCGACGGAGGCGCCGGCAGAGGCGCCGGCGGCCGGUGCGAUGGGCGCGGAGGCGACCGCGAGCGCUCGUGGCGCGCAGGAGGUUGGAAUGGAGCAGGGCCCCAAGGGUGGUGGGGCCGCGGAGCCGCUCGGCGACAGCAACGGGCGCGCAAAGGGCUCGCUGGGCAUGGGCCGCGCCACGCGCCCCUCCACGCGCCAGACGCGCAAGGAGAAUGAGCCGCGCAUGAUCUGA